CCAAAUUCUCACAUCUGUUGGUCAAUCAUUGUUCAUAGUUUUACGUUUCAGACUGAGAAAGAGAAGAAGAAGAAGAACAGAGUUAAAUUAUUUAAAAAAUUAAAUUAAAUCGGAUGCAAGUCGAUUAGACGAAGUGGAUCGAACCAUGUAUACGAGUUUCUGUAACGCUGCUAAUUCUUUAUCUCAACUCUAUACACAAGCCAUGAAUCAACAGAAACUUUCUUUCCAAGCUGGUGAACGCCAUGCUCAGGAGAAACUUUAUCAGUGGAUUGUACGACAACAAGAGGAAGGAUCAAGAGUGAUGACUCCUGAUAUACUCAACUAUCUUCAGAAUGAGCUCGAUUACGGUGCCGAGGAGCCCCACCCAAUGUCUCCUAGAUUGCUAACCCAACAGCAUUAUCAACACCCUCCAACAAACAUCAGUAUGAACUCAUCCGGCCAUGUCUCCUCUGGUUCAUGUGUACCAGGUGGCGGUCCUCGACUGGCAAAUUCUGAUAAUCAAGUUAAGAACUCAGUCUUCUCUAAUGCUUUAUCCAGUCCUGUUCGUCGAAACCUUCAGCAUUAUCAGUUAUCUGAAGGAGCUUUUCAUCCUAACAAUUUGGGUAUGCCAGCUAGUGGAAAUCUAAACAGGAACAAUAACGAGAACAUAUUUAUUCAUCACCAGAGCAGGGUUUCAAAUUCCCCUGCUUUCAAUGACUCAACAAUGGACAUGCAUUCAGACAGCCCUGAUCAUAACCCUGUUUACUAAUUGUGUGAUUAGUUCUGGUAAAAUUAGUUCUUUGAGACAGGGAAAUAAACUGUCGCUAUGCAACCGUAACACUCUCAAGUGAGGAAGAAAUCGCUGGGGGAUAACCGCAUUAUGUCACCUGUGAACAAUGGUGUUGCCUUCUCGUGGAGUAUAAGGCAAUGCAGUCAAAUGCCUAAGGAGACCCAGUUCAUUCGUUUUGCUUUUGUUCCUGUUCUAUUAUUUUUAGUUUUGGGUGUUUUCAAUGUAUAAAUGCAAAGCUUUGGUUCUGUUGAAUGGAUCCUGAGUAGCUGUUGGUUGUGUGUCUAGUUAAUUUACAGAUCCAUAUUAAAGCUGAUGUUUGAUGUUUAGUUUGAAAGUUGAAGAAAAGUUAGGUUUAUAACAUUAUACUUGUAGGCCCUGUUUGCAGUGCAAGUGUGAGUGGUCCUAUACAUUGCAUUCGAGUUUGCUAAAUAUUUUGCUACAAAUUAUUAGAAAUGAACUUUAAUUUUUCUUGC